UAUGGCUCUGCACAAGGUGAUCUGCACAGCGACCCUGCUGGCUCUUCUCACACAAGAUUGUCACUCACAGCUUGAUGUGUGCGGGAAGGCUCCACUCAACACCCUCACCACCCGCAUUGUUGGAGGACAGGUGGCUUCUAAUGGCAGCUGGCCAUGGAUGGCCAGUCUGACCAUAGCCAGCUUUCACUUCUGUGGUGGGACUCUCAUUACAAAUGAGUGGGUGCUUACUGCUGCUCACUGCAUCGAAGGAACCCCCCUAAGCAGUGUGGUCGUGCAUCUUGGUCGGCAGAGCCAAGAGGGACCCAACCCCAACGAAUUGUCUCGAACAAUCUUGCAGAGCUUUAUUCAUCCUAACUUCAGCAUUUUUUCAGCGGAUAAUGAUAUUGCCCUCCUGAGGCUGGUUUCACCUGUGACUUUUACUGACUACAUCCGGCCCGUGUGCCUGGCAGCCCCAGACAGCACCUUGUUCAGCGGCACCGACACCUGGGUCACCGGCUGGGGUGACAUCAAUUUUGCAGUGUCCCUUCCUUCCCCACAAAAUCUCAUGGAGGUGAAGGUGCCGGUCGUGGGAAACAAUAGGUGCAGCUGUUACUACGACUCCUUUAACCCGAUCACAGACAACAUGAUCUGUGCAGGCUUAGAAGAUGGAGGGAAAGGCCCCUGCCAGGGGGAUUCAGGAGGUCCAAUGGUGAUCAUGCAGAAUGGGACUUUUAUCCAGGAGGGGGUCGUAAGUUUUGGAGUAGGAUGCGCUGAGCCUACGUUUCCAGGAGUCUUCACCCGUGUGUCCCGGUACCAGUCAUGGAUCAACAGUCACAUCACCUUCAACCAGCCAGGCUACGUCCUCUUCACAUCCACAGGGAACGACACCGACCAAAGCUUCAAUUGUGGUGAUGCAUUUCUACCACCAGCAACACCUGCACUGAAUAUCUCAUUGACAGAUGUGUGUGGGAAGCCUCCACUCAACACCAUCACCACCCGCAUUGUUGGAGGACAGGUGGCUUCUGAUGGCGCUUGGCCAUGGAUGGCCAGCCUGACCAUAUUCGGCUUUCACUUCUGUGGCGGGACUCUCAUUACAAAUGAGUGGGUGCUUACUGCUGCUCACUGCGUCAUAGGCCUCAAUCCCAGGCUUGUGGCCGUGCAUCUUGGUCGACAGAGCCAAGAGGGACCCAACCCCAACGAGGUGACCCGGAGAGUCUGGCAGAUCAUUCUUCAUCCUGACUACGACAUUAUUCCUUUUGACAGUGACAUUGCCCUCCUGAGGCUGGUUUCACCUCUGAAUUUUACUGACUACAUCCAGCCCAUCUGCCUUGCUGCCCCAAACAGCACCUUCUUCAGCGGCACAGACACCUGGGUCACCGGCUGGGGCGACAUCAAUUUUGCAGUGUCCCUUCCUUCCCCACAAAAUCUCAUGGAGGUGAAGGUGCCGGUUGUGGGGAACAACGAGUGCAGCUGUUACUACGACUCCUUUGUCUCACUCACAGACAACAUGAUCUGUGCAGGCUUAGAAGAUGGAGGGAAGGGCCCCUGCCAGGGGGAUUCAGGGGGUCCAAUGGUGAUUAUGCAGAAUGGGACCUUUAUCCAGGAGGGGGUCGUAAGUUUUGGAGUAGGAUGUGCUGAGCCUACAUUUCCAGGAGUCUUCGCCCGUGUGUCCCAGUUCCAGACGUGGAUCAACAGCCACAUCGCUGUCAACCAGCCAGGCUACUUGACCUUCACAUCCACAGGGGACGACACUGACCAAAGCUUCAACUGCAGUGACGCAUUUCUACCACCAACAACACCUGCACAGAAUAUCUCAGUGAUAGAUGUGUGCGGGAAGCCUCCACUCAACACCAUCACCACCCGCAUUGUUGGAGGACAGGUGGCCUCUGAUGGCGCUUGGCCAUGGAUGGCCAGCCUGAGCAUAUUCGGCUUUCACUUCUGUGGCGGGACUCUCAUUACAAAUGAGUGGGUGCUUACUGCUGCUCACUGCGUCAUAGGCCUCAAUCCCAGGCUUGUGGCCGUGCAUCUUGGUCGACAGAGUCAAGAGGGACAAAACCCCAACGAGGUGACCCAGAGAGUCCUGCAGAUCAUUCUUCAUCCUGACUACGACAUUAUUCCUUUUGACAGUGACAUUGCCCUCCUGAGGCUGGUUUUACCUGUGAAUUUUACUGACUACAUCCAGCCAGUGUGCCUUGCUGCCCCGAACAGCACCUUCUUCAACGGCACUGACACUUGGGUCACCGGCUGGGGCGAUGUUCAAUUUGGAGUGUCCCUUCCUUCCCCACAAGACCUCAUGGAGGUGGAGGUGCCGGUUGUGGGGAACAGCAGGUGCAACUGUUACUACGACUCGAUUGUCUCGAUCACAGACAACAUGAUCUGUGCAGGCUUUGAAAAUGGAGGGAAGGGCCCCUGCCAGGGGGAUUCAGGAGGUCCAAUGGUGAGCAUGCAAAAUGGCCGCUGGAUCCAGGAGGGAGUCACAAAUUUCGGAGUAGGAUGUGCUGAGCCUUUGUUUCCAGGAGUCUUCGCCCGUGUGUCCCAGUUCCAGACGUGGAUCAACGGCCACAUCGCUGUCAACCAACCAGGCUACUUGACCUUCACAUCAGCAGGGAACGACACUGACCAAAGCUUCAACUGUAAUAGCCCGUCUCCAACACCAAACCCAACCCCUGAGUCAACGCCCCCUGCACCUGUGGUCUGUGGUCAAGCCACACUGAAUUCACGUAUAAGCGGAGGAAGCUCAGUCGCAGCAGCUGGCGAGUGGCCAUGGAUGGUGAGUCUGCAAAAGAAUGGGACCCAUGUGUGUGGUGGGACUUUGGUGGCCGAAGAAUUUGUGUUGAGCAACGCCAACUGCUUCUCAAGUUCCCCCAUACUAUCUGAAUGGACCGUUGUUUUGGGUCGUUUGAAACAGAACGGAUCAAACCCGUUUGAGGUGAUACUGAAUGUGAUAAACAUCACUCUAAGCAACUUCACUGGGCCAAAUGUAGCAGUGCUGCAGCUGUCACCUAAACCCACCCUGUCAAACUACAUCCAGCCCAUCUGCCUAGACGAUGGACGGACCUUCGCUGAGGGCUCAACCUGCUGGGGUGCUGGCUGGAGCCCUGGACGAGGAGGAGAGGAACAAGUUCUGCAGGAAUUCCAGACCUCAAUUGUAAACUGUGGAGACAGUUCAUCAAGUGAUGCGAUUUGUACAGGACUGUUCACUCUAGAAACGGGGGAUUCUGGCGGUCCUCUGAUGUGUAAGGUGGUUGGAUCUUGGUUCCAGUCAUCCGUGCUGUUGUUUCAAGAUGACUCCAGCAGACAAGUGCGAGAAGCUUCAAUGAUGGUCCUACCCAAGCUGAGCACCUAUCAGGAUUUCUUAACCAGGGUUGUAGGGCGCUUCAUAUCUCCAGCCGCAUCCUCCCCCACCAACACCCCCGCCAACACCCCCACCAACACCCCGACCAACACCACAGCCAGCGCUACCACCAGCAGCAGUGUGGAUGGCCCUGCUCACUCCUCUUUCUUCAUCUUUUUCCAUCUUCUUGUCUUCUCAGUGUGUCUUCAGCUCCUCCUGUAG